AUGUUGAUCAAUCUCUCGUCCCGGACCUCGUCUUUUUGCGCCGGCGGCGCGGUUGCCCCAGUGAAGGACGGCAUUAAUCGGUGGAUCGCGUCAGAUCCGCACAGGUCUGGUCCUUGUGUGGCGUCAUCCCAUUCCCCUCAUGGGAUUCCCCUCUCUCGCGCCGCUAUUCCCGCGCGCUCCGUUUCGAGCUCCGCCGUGACCCCCGCCGCGGCCUCCCGAAGCGCCGCAUUUACGUCUCUCAGAAGCAGCAGCAGCGGCCAGAGGAACCGCGCCUGGCAGAACGUUCUUAAAACGCUCCCCGCUUUAGAGACCUCGCAGAACUCGCUCCGCGCGAUACUAGCCGCCGCGGCCGCAGAAGGCGCCGCGGCUCCGGCCCCCGUCCACGAGGCGGCUUUAAUCGACGGGAAGGCGAUCGCGGAGGAGAUUAAACGCGAGAUUGCAGCGGAGGUAAAGCGGCUCCAGGCACUGCCGGGCGCGCACCUGACGCCGGGAUUGGCGGUGGUUUUAGUAGGCGAUAGGAAGGACUCGCAGUCGUACGUGCGUAUGAAGAAAGCGGCGUGCGCUGAAACGGGGAUAACGAGUUUCGGUGUGGAUCUGCCGGCCGACGUGAGCGAGGAAGAGGUGGUGGCGGCGGUGCGGGAGCUAAACGACAACCCGGACGUCCACGGCGUGCUAGUGCAGCUGCCCCUGCCCAAGCACAUCAACGCGGAGCGAGUGCUGAGUGCGGUCAGUAUCGAGAAGGACGUGGACGGGUUCCACCCAAUCAACAUCGGCCAGCUGGCGAUGGCGGGCCGCAAGCCACUGUUUGUGCCGUGCACGCCCAAGGGGUGCAUCGAGCUGCUUAUCCGGAGCAAGGUUCCAAUGGAGGGGAAGCGGGCAGUCGUGAUUGGUCGGAGUAACAUCGUGGGGACACCUGCCGCCAUGCUGCUGCAGAGGAACAAUGCUACAGUGACGGUCGUGCACUCGCGCACCAAGGACCCCCCUUCAAUCACACGGGAUGCUGACAUUGUGAUUGCAGCAGCGGGCGUGCCCAACCUGGUGCGGGGCGACUGGUUGAAGCCCGGAUGUGUGGUGAUUGAUGUUGGGAUCAACCCUGUCGAUGAUCCCUCGUCCAAGCGCGGUUACCGCCUGGUCGGAGACGUGUGUUUUGAAGAGGCUAAGCAUGUCGCGUCGGCCAUAACACCCGUGCCGGGGGGUGUGGGGCCGAUGACCAUAGCGAUGUUACUCGGUAACACGUUGGAGGCGGCAAAGCGAAGCAAAGGUCUUCACGUGGAAUGA